UUCAAAUCAGUUAAUGCCGGUAGGCUCAUUGUUGUUGAUCUUCGUGGCAAUCUUACAGUGAAAAUACUCGAUAAAUAUAUAUUUGGUGAUUGUUUUGAUUGUUGAACGUCAAAAGAAACAUCGUUCAAGAUGUAUGACGAUCAAGAUCCCUAUGACGAUGAUGAAGGGCAAGAAAUAUCUUCCAAGCUCUGGCAAGAAGCUUGUUGGAUUGUCAUCAAUGCAUAUUUUGAUGAAAAAGGUUUGGUGCGACAACAGCUUGACAGCUUUGAUGAAUUUAUUGAGAUGUCUGUUCAGAGAAUCGUUGAAGAUUCACCCGUCAUCGAAAUUGUUGCCGAAGUCCAACAUACAACUGGCGAAAUUGAGAAACCAAUGAAGCAUCUUGUAAAAUUUGAACAAAUUUAUUUAUCUAAACCUACACAUUGGGAAAAAGAUGGUGCUCCGUCGCCCAUGAUGCCUAAUGAAGCAAGAUUGAGAAAUUUGACUUAUGCUGCACCACUUUAUGUUGAUAUUACAAAAACUGUAGAAAAACCAGAUGAAGAAUGCACAUCGCAACAUCAGAAGACAUUCAUUGGGAAAAUUCCAAUUAUGUUGAGAUCUAAAUAUUGUUUAUUGGCUGGUUUGGCUGAUCGUGAUUUAACUGAAUUAAACGAGUGUCCUUUGGAUGCUGGUGGCUAUUUCAUCAUCAAUGGAUCUGAAAAAGUACUGAUAGCUCAAGAGAAAAUGGCUACCAACACCGUUUAUGUUUUUAGUAUGAAAGAUGGUAAAUAUGCCUACAAGUGUGAAAUAAGAUCUUGUUUAGAGCAUAGUUCGAGGCCAACUUCGACAUUAUGGAUCAACAUGAUGUCUAAAAGUGGAGCAAAUCUUAAAAAAUCAGCUAUAGGCCAACGAAUUGUAGCAGUUUUGCCAUACAUCAGACAGGAAAUUCCUAUCAUCAUUGUAUUUCGAGCACUUGGAUUUGUAGCUGAUCGUGAUAUACUUGAGCAUAUCAUUUAUGAUUUCGAUGAUCCUGAAAUGAUGGAAAUGGUAAAACCAUCUUUUGAUGAGGCAUUUGUGAUACAAGAACAAAACGUUGCUGUCAGCUUUAUAGGGGCCCGUGGUUCAAGGCCAGGUAUCACAAAAGAAAAACUCAUAAAGUAUGGCAAAGAAAUUUUGCAAAAAGAAAUGUUACCUCAUGUUGGUAUAAGUGACUUUUGUGAAACAAAGAAAGCUUACUUUCUUGGAUAUAUGUUUCAUCGAUUGCUUUCUGCUUCUCUUGGCCGUCGUGAGCUCGACGAUCGAGAUCAUUAUGGUAACAAACGUCUAGAUUUGGCUGGUCCAUUGCUAGCAUUCUUAUUCCGAGGUUUGUUCAAAAAUCUCAUGAAAGAAGUUAAAAUGUAUGGUCAAAAGUUCGUGGACAGAGGAAAAGAUUUUAAUUUAGAACUUGCCGUAAAGACCAAAAUCAUUACAGAUGGUUUGAGAUAUUCUUUAGCUACUGGUAAUUGGGGUGACCAGAAGAAAGCCCAUUUGGCAAGAGCCGGAGUAUCUCAGGUAUUGAACAGGCUCACUUUUGCUUCAACACUCUCUCAUUUGAGAAGAGUAAACUCUCCAAUUGGCAGAGAUGGUAAAUUAGCCAAGCCUCGUCAAUUACAUAAUACUCUGUGGGGAAUGUUGUGUCCAGCUGAGACCCCUGAGGGAGCUGCUGUUGGUCUGGUAAAAAAUUUAGCUCUUAUGGCAUACAUCAGUGUUGGAUCCCAAGCAUCACCUAUUCUUGAGUUUUUGGAAGAAUGGUCCAUGGAAAACUUGGAAGAAAUUGCUCCAAGCGCAAUUAAUGAGUCUACGAAGAUAUUUGUCAAUGGUUGCUGGGUAGGCAUUCACAGAGAUCCAGAGCAACUCAUGAAAACUCUUAGAAAAUUGAGAAGGCAGAUGGACAUCAUUGUGUCAGAAGUAUCAAUGAUCAGAGAUAUUCGUGAUCGUGAGAUCAGAAUUUAUACCGAUGCUGGCAGAAUCAGUAGACCUUUACUGAUUGUUGAAAACCAACAACUUUUGUUGAAAAAAUCUCACAUUGACAUGUUGAAAGAAAGAGAUUAUAACAACGAUGGAUGGCAAGAAUUAGUUAUGAGUGGAGUAGUGGAGUACAUCGAUACUCUAGAGGAAGAAACAGUAAUGAUUUCCAUGUCACCAGAUGAUCUGAAACAAGGCAAGGAGUACGCUUACUGUACAACUUAUACACAUUGUGAAAUUCAUCCUGCCAUGAUUUUGGGUGUUUGUGCCUCAAUCAUUCCAUUCCCUGAUCACAAUCAAAGUCCCAGAAACACCUAUCAAAGUGCUAUGGGUAAACAAGCUAUGGGAGUUUACAUUACCAACUUCCAUGUUCGUAUGGACACUCUAGCUCACGUCCUUUAUUAUCCUCACAAACCUCUUGUCACUACCAGAUCGAUGGAAUACUUGAGAUUCAGAGAAUUGCCAGCAGGCAUCAACAGUAUUGUAGCUAUCUUGUGUUACACCGGUUACAACCAAGAAGACAGUGUCAUCCUUAAUGCAAGUGCAGUCGAAAGAGGAUUCUUUAGAUCUGUAUUUUACAGAUCUUACAAAGAUGCCGAAGCGAAAAAGUUCGGCGACAGCGAAGAACAGUUUGAGAAGCCAAACCGCCAGACCUGCCAAGGUAUGCGUAAUGCCUUGUACGACAAAUUGGACGAUGACGGAAUCAUUUCACCAGGUAUUCGUGUAUCCGGUGACGAUGUUAUCAUUGGAAAAACCAUGACUCUUCCAGAAAACGACGACGAGUUGAAUAGCACAACAAAACAAUUCACAAAGAGAGAUGCCUCGACAUUUUUACGUAACAGUGAAACUGGAAUCGUCGAUCAAGUUAUGCUGACCUUGAACAGCGAAGGCUACAAAUUCUGCAAAAUUCGAGUCCGCAGUGUACGUAUCCCUCAAAUCGGCGACAAAUUUGCAUCUCGUCACGGUCAGAAAGGUACCUGCGGAAUCCAGUACCGUCAAGAGGACAUGCCCUUCUCGUGCGAGGGCAUCACACCCGACAUCAUCAUUAAUCCUCACGCCAUCCCAUCGCGUAUGACGAUCGGUCACUUGAUCGAGUGCAUUCAGGGCAAAGUUUCGUCGAACAAGGGAGAAAUCGGCGACGCUACGCCCUUCAACGACGCCGUCAAUGUACAAAAGAUUUCAAGUCUCCUCGUGGAUUACGGCUAUCAACUUCGAGGCAACGAAGUCAUGUACAAUGGCCACACCGGCCGCAAGAUCAAUGCCCAAGUUUUCUUGGGUCCGACCUACUAUCAGCGUCUCAAACAUAUGGUGGACGACAAAAUCCACAGCAGAGCCAGAGGACCUGUACAGAUUCUGGUCCGACAGCCCAUGGAGGGUAGGGCCAGAGAUGGAGGCCUGCGUUUCGGCGAGAUGGAGCGCGAUUGUCAAAUCAGUCACGGAGCAGCUCAAUUUCUGCGUGAACGUCUCUUUGAAGUGUCGGACCCUUACCGCAUUCACGUUUGCAACUUUUGCGGUCUGAUUGCCAUAGCCAAUCUGAAAAACAACACCUUCGAAUGCAAAGGCUGCAAGAAUAAAACACAGAUAUCUCAAGUUCGAUUGCCCUAUGCGGCCAAGCUUUUGUUCCAGGAGCUUAUGUCGAUGAACAUCGCUCCACGUCUUAUGGUAGUCUCCUAAAUCCAUUUGCUUGUAAAUAUUACAGCAACUGUUAGUUCGUUUAAUUUUGUAAAUAUAUUUAAAAAAAGUACAUUCAAUAUACAUCAGUAUUGUACAUCAGAUAUACAAUAUUCGUUAAUAAAUAAUUUUACUAAUUUA